AUGUCUUCAAGUCCUCCUUCACCUAAACCUAAGCGUACUUAUACACAUAAUCCAAGAAGUAAAUCAUUAACAUUAAGAACUUCACCAAAAAAAGAUUUAGAAAAAUCAGAAUUUAUGUUUUCUUCCUCUCAAUUUGAUGAUAAAGACACUACUACUACCACAACAACAACAACAGCAACCGAAUCUAUUGAAUCCUUAGCGUCACCCGUUCAUUCUGAUCAAACUAAUUUAGAAGAAUCUGACCCAAAUUCUGCUAGCAUCAUUACAUCUCCAACGCAAUCAUUAGGAAAUCAUGAAUCAAUUGAACAAGCUAUAAAAUCAUUAGAAGAAAAAAUAAAAUUGGAUCAACAAGAACAUGCUAUACGUAUUUUAUCACGUCAAAUACAACAACCUGAGUAUAAAGAUGAUGUUAAUGAUCCAAACUCUUCAGGAAAGAAAUCAAUUCGAUCUAAUACUGUAUCACCAAGACCAGUUGAAAGAAAACCACUCAUAAAGCCAAAAGCUUAUUCAUAUGGUGGUAGUGGUGGUUCACAAUCAUAUGGUAAUCCACAAAGAUCACAACCAGUUAAUAACGAAUCACAACGUAAAGCUUCUAUUUCUUCUAUUAAACCAAAAAAUCUUUGCACUUGUGGUGAUGCUGAUAGUUUUUGGUGUCAAGUAUGUGAAAAUCGGAGAUUUAAAUCUAGUUUUCCGAAAUGGACAAGCGGGAAUAAAAUUAUUGAUACUUUUAUUCAAGAAACUCAAUUAACUACGGCUGGUCCGUUUAAUUAUCUUGAGUGGAUACCGUUUGAAAGAUUUCGUCAUGUUAAAAGUUUUGGUGAAGGAGGUUAUGGUACUCUUUCUACAGCUACUUGGUUGGAUGGCCCAAGAAGUUUACGAGAUGAAAAAAUUCAAACAAAAUGGAAACGAGAUUCUAGAAAGAAAGUUAUGUUGAAAUUUUUACGUGACUCUGAACAUAUAACUCAAGAAUUCCUUAAUGAGUUUGCAGCUUAUUAUAAACGAAUUGCAUGGGAUAACUGUAUGUUACAAUGUUAUGGAAUUUCACAAGACCCUAGCACAAAGAAUUAUAUAAUUGUUCAAGAAUAUGCGGAACAUGGUAAUUUAAGAAAAUAUUUAUCAGAAAAUACAGAAAAUACGAGUUGGAAACUAAAAUUAGCAUUAGCUUGUGAUAUUGUCAAAGCAUUGAAAACCAUUCACGGAGCAAAUUUAAUACAUCGUGAUUUUCAUUGUGGAAAUAUAAUGAUUACAAAUGAUAUAUAUACUGCUAUGGGGGAUCUUGGAUUAUGUCAUCCAAUCGUUGAGGAUGGAACAUUUUAUGGAGUCUUACCCUACCUCGCUCCUGAAGUUAUUAAAGGGGAAAAAUUUAGUAAAGCUUCAGACAUUUAUAGUUUCGCUUUUGUUAUGUGGGAAAUAUCUUCUUGUGUGAAACCUUUUAAUGACAGACCACAUGAUUCCGAAUUGGCUUUUGAUAUAAGUAUGGGAACACGUCCUAAGCCCGUAGAAGGAACUCCGCAAAGUUAUAUUAAAUUAAUGGAACAAUGUUGGGAUCCGGAUCCUUCCAAAAGGCCAAGUGCGGAAUCAUUACACAGGACUUUAUACGAUUGGGCAAAAAAAGUUGUAGAGACACCAAAACUUCCUUAUAAAGUUAAUACAGAAUUUGCUUUUGCUGAACAAUGGCGGGUUAGAACUCAUCCUCAUCCAUCUACCUCAACUAAAGAUCAUCCCGAAGCUAAAUAUACAAGCCAAGUUUUUGAUUUUCAUGAUUUGGGUAUUCCUGACAUGGAAGAAGUAGCUUGUGAUCCACCAGAUUCCGAACAUGCUCAAUCUGAACUAUCUCAGUCACCUUCCGCUGAAAGCGUUGGUAGUAAUACUUUAGUUGAAGAUUCUAUCCAAAAAUGUAAAAGUCCCGAUAAACAAUUAAUGAACGAUACAAUAAGUCAGAAAAUUCUUCCGAAUGAAAAACAAAUGGAAUUUGAAUUUUAAUUUUUGGACUAGUUACGUAUUAUUUAUUUGUGGGAUUAUUCCUUCAAUAAAUUUAUGAGACUUAUCAUUGAAUGGACUUUGUUGAUAUAAUAAUUUUAUUUUUUUGUUAUUUUUUAUUAUUAUUAUUAUUAUUAUUUUAUUUUCUCUUUCUCUUUCUCUUUCUUUUUCUUUUUGUUCUGUUUUUGGCUUAAUUACUAUUGUUGAUAAAGAGGGACAAUUAAUGACAAUUUGUGAAAUGAUGAGGAAUUUGUAAUGGAGAGGAUAUUUCACGUUUGAAUGUUUUUAACGAUUACUUAAUGAACGUUUUGUACAGUAUAAUAACACUUUACUUCAUCGA